AUGGAAGGACGUGGAAGCAAGGGUCCGGCCGUCUGUGUCACAGGCGGAACAGGUUUCCUAGGCUCAUGGCUGAUCAUGAAGCUCCUCCACCACGGCUACCAUGUUCACGCCACCAUCCGACACAACAACAACAACAAGAGGGACGACGGCAUCACAUUCCUCACCGACCUCCCCGGAGCGGCGGAGAACCUGAAGCUGUUCGAGGCCGAUCUCGACCACCCGGAAACCUUCUCCGCCGCCAUCACCGGCUGCUCCGCCGUCAUCCACGUCGCCACCCCAGCCCUGGAUCUCAACAACAACAAAGACCAUAACAACAGUAACAUCGCAGAAGAAGCCAUCGUCGAGAGAUCGAUAAGCGGAACCCUAGGCAUACUGAAAGCCUGCCUGCUGCACUCCCAGACGGUGAAGCGGGUCGUGUACACAUCCGGCACAGCAGCCGUCGUUUACAGUAUGUGCGCAACGCUGACGGAAAGGAAAGCGGUUGAAUUUGCUCGAGAGCAUGGGCUGGAUCUUGUCACCUUGAUCCCUUCCAUUGUUGUUGGGCCGUUCAUUUGUGCCAAGUUCCCUGCCUCCAUCCGGCUGGCGCUUGCGAUGGUGUUUGGGGAGAAGGACGACGGUGGCGGCGACGUCAUGAUGACGGAGGUGUCGAUGGUCCACGUUGAUGAUGUUGCGAGAGCGUAUGUGUUCCUUUUGGAAAAUCCGACGGCGGAAGGGAGGUACAUAUGUUCUUCGAGCCGUCUCACGAUGGAUCAGAGGGAUAAACUGUCGGCGAAGUAUCCUGAUUUGGCAGUUCCGGCGAUGAAGUCUCUAAAGGAUAUUAAGGGUCUUAAAGUACCUAAGAUUUCAUCAAGGAAACUAUUAGAUGCUGGAUUUGAAUUCGAGUAUGGCCUCGAUGAUAUGUUUGAUGCAGCGAUCAAAUGUUGUAAAACCAAAUGUUAUCUAUAG